AUGAGCGACGUCUUGAGAUUCGCAAAAGCCUCGUUCCUUUCUGGGGCAGGCGAUUCUCCAGGAAUCAGCGACUUCCUAGAACGCAGCGCGCCAGGCUUUGGAGCCUUACAGAGAUUCUUUUCGAGGUGGCUGAGACUAGACCUGACGACAAUCGUACUUCUCAUCUCAUUCGGCGGUGACAUCCCGAAUGCGUUGGUCGGGUUGCAGAAGUUAUGGACUCAGAUCUACUGGUGGAUCACCCGAUUCUUCACCGCCUCGAUUUCAAUCGCAAGUAACGACAAACUCAACAGAGAGGUGCUGAACUGGCUCGGCGCCCACGUGCUCACCCGAAAAGGCACACGAAUCCUGACGGCACGUACUGAGGUUAUCCGGAACGAUGCUUGGUACGACAGGAAGCCGGUCGAGCGCGACGAUCUUCACCAUGAGAAGAGGAUCCCGGUUCAGUACUUGCCGACGUUUGGCACGACUUGGUUCUUCUAUGAGGGAGGAUUCUUUAUGGUUCGGCGAGUGCCUCUUCGGAGUGUCGGCGGCAACUUUGGCAUCCCAGAUGAAUUCUCCGCCGCACCACAGGGCGAUGAACCGCUGGUUGUCAUGAGACUCGGUCGGUCGAUCAAACCUAUCAAGAACUUCCUCGACAACUGCAGAGACUUUGCAGACAAACAGCGCGAGUCGUUCAUCACUGUACGAGCGACUAAGAACCAAUACGGGACGGAGUCUUGGGACACAACGAUCCUUCGCCCGAUCAGACCAUUGGAGACGGUACAUUUUGACGAGAAAACGAAGGAUGAGCUGGUUAGCGACAUUCAAAUGUACUUGAACCCGGCAACGAGAAGCUUCUACACCGAGAGAGGAAUACCGUACAGAAGAGGCUACCUCUUCCACGGGCCACCAGGCACUGGCAAGACAUCACUUGCCCUCGCUCUCGCAAGUCAUUUCAGUCUCGAGCUCUACCUCGUUCACAUACCAAGUAUCCGCGGCGACGGCGAUUUGGAGAACCUGUUCACAGCACUCCCGCCGAAGUGCAUUGUACUGUUGGAGGAUAUUGAUGCAGUGGGUAUCGAACGACGGAAGAAGCUCGACAUUGAUAGUGACUCUGACGAUGACGGCGCCAGCGAUACCAGCAGUGAACGGGACUUUGGCAGGUGCCGGUGCUCUUUAUCCGGCCUGCUAAACGUCUUGGACGGAGUCGCAUCCCAAGAAGGCCGCAUUGUCUUGAUGACGUCGAACGUAGCUCACAAGCUCGACAAGGCGCUUGUCCGGCCUGGACGCAUCGAUCAGAUGAUAUACCUCGGAAACAUAUCACACCAGAGCGCCAAAGGCAUGUUCGACCGGAUGUACCGACCCCGUUCCUCGACCGAGCUAUCGGCAUCAGGGAAAGGACUUGGACUUCUGCCUCAGCAAAAGGAUGAGUUUGAUGUUCUGGGAGAGAAAUUCAGCCAAAAGAUCCCAGAGAAGAUCUUCACGCCGGCACAACUUCAAGGAUUUCUCCUUAAAUACCGCGGGGCGCCAGAGACUGCUGUUGAACGAGUCGCCGAAUGGGUCGUCGAGGAAAAAGCCAUCAUGGAUGAGGCUCAGCGGCGUAAGAAGGCGGAGUCUGCAAGGAAGGCCAAGAAAAAGAAAGCCUUGAAGAUGAAGGCCCUGAAAGCUCUCGUUUCCAGCCAAGAAACCGACACCGGAGACGCAGCAUCCAAGGCCGAGAAGCCGAAGAAGGCAUCUGACGAUGUGAAGACCGAAGCAGGGGCAACCGACGAGACCCAGACUACCAACGGCGAGAGCCAGCCAGAUUCCGAGGUUCUCAACGUCGAAGAGGACACAGCCACCAACGGUUUGAACGGUGUUGAGGAGGGGGAUGUGUCAUAG